CACCUAUUUUAUUGCUGUUGUGAUAUAUUUGAAUGAAUGUUAGCGGAAUUAUCGAUGUCUGGUGAACUAGCAGGAAUUAUCGAUGUAUUAUGCAACCGAGAAUUCUUGCCUAGGUGCAGGUCACCACGCAGGGACUCGUCUCUGUGGGUGAGAGCACGGAGGAGGCACGGAUGCCCCCGCGGUGACACGCAAGUUGCACACGUGUGUAUACAUGCCCGCUGGAAGGGGUUUACUUAUCAGCAUUCGGCGUUGCUUAGCUGGCACUGCCGGCUUCACUUUACCUCUCGACGGUCUUGCUUAGUGCUCGUUUAACUAGCCGGUCGUGCCGCACCUGUCGGACAAAGAUCGCCGAAUCGUCUGAUUACAACGGAUAACUUGUCGUACGGAGAUUCGGAAAUCACUAUUACGUCAUCCCUCGCGCGUUUUUCUCGUCCAUCUCCUAUCUCUUUGUCUUUUUCUUCCUUUUUUCGUUUUUUUUAGAACUUUAAUAGCGAUUCCAUUGAUUGCUACUAUUAUUUCUCAACAAUCACUAGCGUUAGUUUCUGUUGUGGAUUUUUCGAGUGAAACUUUUUUCGCAAUUGAUUAGGAGGACCGCGAAUUGCGAAAACCUGAUUGCAAUCUAUCAAUAUUUUGGGAAUCCAUAAUGUCAUCAUGUUCUGAUAAAUACACGAACAGAUCACGAUAACGCACUGAUAUCCAGUAUCUUGAGCAAACGCGAUAUCUUAUAUCGACAACGCCGCGAACAAGGCAUGACAAGACCGGUGUUUGUGGAUUCGGCUGGUUGAUUCAUACACAAGAUGGAAAUCGAUGAUUUGACGCUAUAUUUUUACAUUGCAUGUGGUAUCUUCGCCGGCGCGCUUAUCUUACUUUUCGUUUUGGUGACCGUGCUAUUCGUGAAAGUAAAUCGAUUAUCCGAGGACGGGUCCAACCAACUAAACAGACAGACAAAUAUGAUGGCGGACUUCUGUUACACCAAUCCCACGAUCGUACCUGGAGAACUGCUCUCUCGUCGUGGCUUUUCUAUGUACAGUGGAGCUGACAAUUUCGACGAUGAUUUCGGCAAGAACAAAAACGCUCAGUAUGGAACAUAUCACGAGGCUCGAUCAAAAUUCUGAUUAAACUUUGAGUCUGCAAUGAUUGAUCUCCAAUUAUUGGUGCGGCUUAUAAGCUGAUUAAUCUGCAAUUAUAACAUUAAGUAAAAAUUAAGAUAUUGCGUAAUGUAAGAUAUUGCAUAGUAAUGUAAAAUAUUGUAGUUUAAGCUAUUAACUGGAUCAAAUUAUUAUUAAUAGUAUUAUUUGCUCUUUAUGUAUAGUCAUUCUCUGUGUAACUUUUUGCGUAAUGUACUCGAUUUAACGUCUUUAAUUUUUCUUUGAACUGACUUUACGCAGAUGUUACUUCCCGCAGAAUACAAAUUAAAGGUGACUCUACACGAUCAAUAAUACUGAUCAGUAAUAUUGAAUCAAUAAUACUGACGAUAUACAUUAAUAUUUUUAGUAUUUUUACAACCUUGCACCAUCAGUAUUAUUGACAAUUAUAUACAG